CAAGCCCAGCCGUGGCCUCUCUGUCCUUUGCAGUUCAUGCCAAGCGUCCGAGUCUUCCAAGCGAGAUGUCGGUUCGUGACAGGUGAAGGCUUACCAAGACAGGAGCUUGGACUAUAUGGACCUCUGCGAUCCAAAGCUGGUACACCAAGAGCCACCGCUCUUCUGGGGCUUUUGGGGCCAAUGCUUCAACGACUACAGGACGACCGCGCCGCACCAGGGCUACGAGAUCCUCAGCCGCUGGGUGGAGCAGCGCUUCCACCACUCCGAGACCGCCCAGCGAAUGAGGGCGAUCUUGUCGAGCAGCUGCGAGACGAGCGAGUACACCUCUUUCGACAGCUUACCAGCUGAGCCAUACGAAGUCUCUGGGCACGCAGGUGCCUUCUAUGUCUUCACUUCCAAUGUGGAUGCCCAUCACUACGACUGGUUUCAGCCCUACGAGAUCCGUGAGUGCCACGGCAAUGUGGAGCUCUACCAGUGCUCCUUCGGCCGUGCGCGCUGCGGCCCAGGCCUCUGGCGCGCACCGCGCAGCUUCCGCUUCGCGGUGGAGCCCGGUAGUCUGCUGGCCUUUGCUGGGCCGGCCAUGGAAGAGGAUGCAGAGGCGGAGGUCCCUACGCCAGAAGCGUUGCGCCCAGCGGGCGCAGCGGGCGCCGCGGGCCCAGCGCUACGCCACGUGGGCGCGGUCGCCUCGGGCGCUGAACGGAGGAGCACCUUGCUGCGGUAUAUGCCUGAGGGGCAGACACCUGAGCACUUGCUGGCGAGGAGUUUCAGUGAGAACCACCCCAAAUGCGCACGCUGCAGGGCCGCAGCACGCCCUGCGGUGCUGAUGUUUGGAGAAUGGGGAGAUAAGGAAUGGCUGGAUUCGCAGGGCCAGGUCUCAAGAUGGAGCAAUUUCAUGCAGGGGCUUGGAGAAGUCGUGGCUGCCACAACCAAUUUGAGGUGUGUUCUCUUGGAGAUUGGUGCUGGAACUCGUGUGCCCACCGUGAGACAAACCUCUGAGCAGAUCCUGGAAGUCUUAUUAUCUGGUGGCGCAAAUGCCAAGCUUCUUCGGGUCAAUCCCAAAGAUGCCGAGCCCGAUGACGCUGACUUGGCUGAACACAUAUUGAGCUUCCAGUCGACUGGGCUGGAGUUUCUGAGGGCAGUGGAUGCAUUGCUGCCAGAGGUGAGGUGACAACUUCUGAUAGAUGGUGGAGACAGGGAGAGUAGUUUCGUCACUGGAUCUUGGACCAUUUCAACUCUACCGUUUCUGCAACUUUAUGGGCAACAAAGAAUGUAUCCAGUGACCCAACCGCGUGCCUGAUACUAUGAGCUUCUCCCAGGAAGCAGACAUCACAUCGACUCAACUUCGAGAAGCAUCACAUCAACUUCACAGAUCACCGGUGAGCUAGGUCCACUCCCAUGGAACUGAAUUGAUCGUUCCGUGGCUGAGAAGUGCGAACAACCGCCUUCGUGGCACAGUUCUGUGGGAGGUCGUCACGGUCGGCCAUUUUUGGCCAGCUGCUUCCAAACACGGUGGCAUCUUGGAGAAGAGGUGCUGACUCGGUAGAUUGCAGAGUGUCAUUCUCUCUCUCCAUUAUGCGCUGCACUCAGCGAUUCUCAAUCCUUUGUGGUUUUGGGGCCAUGCAUUUUCGACGAUUCAACUCCCAGAGGCACCCCAGAACUGCGGUGCGCGGUGAAAGAAGGCGGCGCGCUUCCAGUGCGGUGAUAGACACAAGGCACGAAGCCAAAGGGCACGGUGAAGCCAAAGGCCGGAGAUGGCCAAUGUUCAGCUUAUGCU